AACUUGAAAAGUUUCUGAAAAACGUUUCUCUAAGAACAUUUCAGCUACACACAGCUGAACUUCACCGUAUCAAAAAUUUAUUUAUUUUCUUUUCUUGAUUUUCAUUUUUAAUCAUUGUAAAAUCCAAAUCCUAAUUCUUAAAUCGCUGCUGAUUGCUCUCUUUUUUGUAAACACUCCCUUCUUUUUUUUAAUCUUUGCCAUGGACCACAAUGUAACCGUUUUCACCAACCGCCAAGAAUCCGUUACGGCUGAUGACGGUAAUGGUGAAUCGGAAACAGUCAAUCAUGGAUGUGGAGGCGGAGACGGGGACGGAGACGGAGGUGGCGAUGGUGGUAAGUCAGGCGUCAGCAUUGCGGAGAGGAGGGCGGCAACGUGCGGAUUCAAGGUGGAUAAGAUAAAUACAGCGAGAUUUCGGGCCUCCACUAGCCCAUUGGCCUCCCCGCCGGUCCGUUUGCCUUAUCUUACUAUCCCUCCUGGCAUUAGCCCCACGGCGUUGUUGGAUUCUCCUAUUAUGUUGCCCAACGCUCAGGGAUCUCCCACCACUGGAACUUUUCCGGUACCCACUCUCAAUCAGGAUGGUCAAGUGCUGAGUGUUAGCAACACAGACAGAGGCAGCAAAAUAGCUCCUUCCUUCACAUUUAAACCACAAAGUAUGGAUUCCCAGCCAAGCUUUUCUAGUUUAGAAGAUCAGGUUUCUUCCUCUUUGAAUCUAGUUCAGAGGGCCGAGGUCGAUUAUCAGCCUCUUGUCCAUUUGGGUACACCUUUGGAUUUUGAAUUUCCUGCAGAAUUUUCCAAAGAAGCUACUUCAAGGAGUUUUGCAGCAGAUUCAGUUGCCGAAGUCAAAGUUUUAAAUAACAUUGUGAACGAUAAUGUUAAUCUGGGAUGCCAUCCUUCUGAAUUGGCUGGUGAUCGAACGUCAAUGCAGAAGGUUCCUUUCAACGGACAAGAUGUCAGCACAAAUCUUUCAGAAAGUGAUCCAAAGGGAACAAACACCACAGCGGGAACAGCAAGAACAUCAGAAGAUGGAUAUAAUUGGAGGAAGUAUGGGCAGAAACAGGUAAAGGGUAGUGAAUAUCCAAGAAGCUACUAUAAAUGUACCCAUCCAAAUUGUCAGGUGAAGAAGAAGGUAGAGCGUUCACUUGAUGGCCAAAUUACUGAAAUUAUCUACAAGGGUGCUCAUAAUCACCCAAAGCCUCAGCCUUGUCGCCCAUCACUUGGAUCCUCUUCAUCAUCUAAUGAAAUGUCAGAGAGUGCUGAAGGCAAUGGAACUUGUGUCAAAAUUGAAAGUGGUUUAAUUUGGAAAAAUACCCAAGCAGGUUCAAAGGAUAUUAAGCUUGGAUCUGAUUUGAGAGCCGAUGGCCUGGAAAGAACAUCCUCAACGUCUGUUAUAACUGAUCUUUCUGAUCCACUAUCAACUGCCCAAGGAAAAUCAGUUGGUGUUUUUGAAUCUGCUGAUACUCCAGAGUUUUCAUCAACACUUGCUAGUAAUGAUGAUGAUAAUGAUGAUAGGGCUACCCAGGGAAGUAUAUCACUCUGUGAUGAUGCAGCUAAUGAUGAUGAGUCUGAGUCAAAAAGAAGGAAGACAGAAUCGUGCUCGACUGAGAUGAAUGUGGCAUCUGGGGCUAUCCGUGAACCCAGAGUUGUUGUGCAAAUAGAAAGUGAAGUGGAUAUACUCGAUGAUGGUUAUCGAUGGAGGAAGUAUGGACAGAAGGUUGUCAAAGGAAACCCUAAUCCUAGGAGCUAUUACAAAUGUACAAGUCCCGGAUGUCCUGUGAGAAAGCAUGUGGAAAGAGCUUCUCACAAUCUAAAAUGCGUGCUCACGACAUAUGAUGGAAAACACAAUCAUGAAGUUCCAGCAGCCAGAAGCAGCAGUCAUGUUAACACAAGUGCUUGUAAUUUACCCCCAACAGUGCCCAACAGUCAAGCUGCUCUGGCAUUAUCCAGAAAUUCUCAUGUUCUAAAGCCUGAAACACCAAUCCAGGAUAUUGCACCUCCUUUUGAUCGAAAGCCCGAAUUCAAAAUUGAAUAUAUGAGACCUAGUUUUCUUGGGGAUUUCAGCAAUGAAAUGAAGCUUGGGACUGCUUCUCUGGCUUCUGUUUACCAAAUGAAGUUUCCUUCCUUACAGAAAGCUAUUCCUUAUGGCACCUUUGGACUGAACCCAAACUGCAUUGCAACACGUUCAUCUGGCUCAAUUGCCUCAACAGUUCCAAAUUUUCCAAUUUCGAUGCCAUUGAAUCUCCCAACAUCUGCAAAUCUUUCUUUGGCUGGUUUUGAUAUCAAUAAUGGUGGAAAACCAGCUGCUCCAAUUCACUCUUUCCUUCCAGGGCAACAGUUCAAAGAGAAUGCUGCUAGGUUCCAUGGGAUCAAACAGGAGCUAAAGGAUGAUAACCAUUAUGAUCCUUGCCUUCCCAUUGUCGACCAUGCAAGUGCAACAUCAUCAUCAUCAUCAUCAGUCUAUCGCCAGCAGGCCACCGGAAAUUUUCCAUCCUAGACUGCAAUUCGCUUCUUACUGGAGCCUGGCCUUUGGCUUGGCUUCUCCAAAUUCUUAUGCUUUUCCGAGUCCCUUCUUGCUACUGGUUAUCAUCAUCAUUGCCUAAAGCUUCUCCAGAUUCUUAUGGUUUUUUGAGUCGUCUCUUGCUUUUGGCCAUCAUCAACACUGCUUGAAGCGUUAAUGAUGUCUGGGGAUUGAGAGCUCGGAAUGGAAGGACACUGAACUCAGGCCUCCUCUGACGGCAUUUGACUGGGUCUCUGGUUAUGUUGUUUCUGUCUGGUUAAGUUGCUUUGAUGAUUUUAGUUCUUAGGCGGUUCAGUUUGGUGUUGUGCCUGGUGCUGAUGUUGCUGAAGUGAACUGAUAUCAUGCGUCUCCGUACAGCAAUAGGAAUAAAACGAUGGCCACUACCAAGGCAGUAGAGGAUGUUACUUGUGGUUGUCGCCUAGUUUAAAAGGCUUUGACUUUCGGCCUGGUCCUUAUUUAUUCCUAUCUUGUAUCGGUUCUUGUUGACCUUGGGGAAUUGUGAUCGAAUUCGAGAAAUUCGUGUUGCUAUUCUAUUGCUCGUCUUUGUUCUUUUUGUUAUGUCUGAUUCAUGUCUUCAUAGGCUACUUGGUUCUCUUUUUUGUAACUUUUGUAACUUUUCUUGAGAUGAUGAAUUUUAUUGACAACAACAAAGAAAGCAUUUAUCUCUGGAGUUUGACACCAAAAUAA